AUGAAUGAUUCGAUUCGAAACGUACCAAAACACGCUGUACAUACUGAUCCUAAGUUUGUACAAGCCAUUAAAUUAGGGAAGCCUUUGGAUUAUUCGUCAAAGGGUCUUAGGACGCUUAACAAGCUAAUAAACGAAACUCCGUUAUCUGUAAGAGUCCACGGAGUGCCCGAUCGAGGUAUCAACAAGAGAUUCAUCUGUGGAGCAAUUUGGUUAAAUAAUAACUAUUUAACGAACUUACAAGGUUUGAACAAAUCAAUCGAAGAGUUGCUCGAGUUGCCGGCAUAUUUGACUUGGAUUGACAUUUCACAUAAUGAGUUUAAAAACAUUGGUCAGGAAUUUUUUCAAUUUCAAUUUUUGUCGAUACUGUACAUGCAUGGAAAUCAAAUAAAUGACAUUAAGGAAGUUUUGAAACUAAAAUCACUAUUAAAAUUACGAACAUUAACUCUACACGGAAAUCCGAUAUCACGGCUAACUAAAUAUCGUUCUCUUGUAUUGUUUUAUCUUCCACAAAUUAAAAGUUUAGAUUUUUCAUUAAUUACUCGUCAUGAAAGAAGUGUUGCUCCGCCAAUAUUAUGUACAGUGAACAAUAAUUAUAAAUGA